CACAAACCAUCCUGAUUUAUGAGUAAUUAAUUUCACUAAACACUCCCUCCAUCUUCGCUCUCAUGUCUGCCAAUUCCCAAAAAGUGUAAAAACCCUAACAACCUCCUCUUUCUCUCUCUUUAUCAAACACACAUUUUCACUCUAUCCUCCUUAUCUAGUUAUCUUCUUCCCAUUUGCAUAAUCACAACAAUAUUAUCUUUACUUUCAUUUACUUUACCUGUCAUCUUUGACUAAUGUAGCUGCUUUAUUAAGGUUGAUCAUAUGUGUUGCAAGUUGAAUAAUUGAAUCACACUGUUGGUUUGGUUAAGAAGCAGAUCAGUGAAGAUGAUGAGGACAGUUGAGUCUGUUUUUACAGUUGUAAUUUUACUUGGGGUGUUGGGAUUUGGGAAAUCAGAGGUGUAUAUUGUAACUAUGGAAGGAGAGCCUGUGAUAAGUUACAAAGGGGGUGUUAAUGGAUUUGAACCAAUUGCUGUCGAAUCUGAUGAAAAGAUUGAUUUCAGUAGUGAUUUGGUUACAUCGUACGCUAGUCACCUUGAACAAAGGCACGAUACGCUUCUCGAAACAUUAUUCGACGAUGGAGACUACAAAAAGCUAUACAGCUACAAACAUCUCGUCAACGGUUUUGCUGUUCACAUUUCGCCACAACAGGCAGAGAUGCUUAGGCGAACACCGGGUGUGAAAUCCGUGGAUAGAGAUUGGAAAGUGAGGAAACUCACGACACACACCCCACAAUUUUUGGGCCUUCCGACUGGAGUUUGGCCCACUGGUGGUGGGUUUGACCGGGCUGGGGAGGAGAUUGUGAUCGGGUUUGUGGAUUCGGGUAUUUUUCCACAUCAUCCAAGCUUUCAAAAUACGAUUACCGAACCGUAUGGCCCGGUUCCUAAAUACAGAGGGAAAUGUGAAGUUGAUCCCGGUACGAAAAAGAGUUUUUGCAACGGAAAGAUUGUUGGUGCACAACAUUUUGCAGCUGCUGCAACGGCUGCCGGUGAGUUUAAUCCUGAAGUUGAUUUCGAUUCUCCUCUUGACGGUGACGGGCAUGGAAGUCACACUGCCGCAAUUGCUGCGGGCAACAACGGUAUCCCUGUGCAAGUACAAGGAUUUGAAUUCGGAAAAGCAAGUGGAAUGGCCCCUCGCGCAAGAAUUGCUGUUUAUAAGGCACUCUAUCGGAUGAUUGGAGGAUAUGUCGCUGAUGUCGUCGCUGCCAUCGAUCAGGCGGUGUAUGAUGGUGUUGACAUACUGAACCUCUCGGUUGGGCCUAACAGUCCACCUGCCACCACAAAGACCACAUAUUUAAACCCGUUUGAUGCCACACUUCUCUCGGCUGUUAAAGCUGGAGUUUUUGUUGCACAAGCAUCUGGAAACGGAGGCCCGUUAGCCAAAACUAUAGUGUCUUAUAGUCCGUGGAUUGCAUCUGUGGCUGCUGCUGUUGAUGACCGCAGAUAUAAAAAUCAUUUGACUCUAGGAAAUGGGAAAGUAUUAGCUGGCCUCGGUUUAUCACCUUCUACGAGUCCAAAUCAGAAGUUUACCCUGGUCGCCGCUAAUGACGUCCUGUUGGAUUCAUCGGUUGGGAAGUUUAGCCCAUCAGACUGCCAGAGGCCCGAAGUUUUAAACGGAAACAUUGUGAAAGGGAACAUCCUUCUGUGUGGUUAUUCCUUCAACUUCGUUAGUGGUUCUGCUUCAAUUAAAAAAGUUUCCGAAACAGCCAAAAGCCUCGGUGCAGUGGGGUUUGUUCUUGCUGUAGAAAAUGCAUCUCCCGGUACCAAAUUUGACCCCGUACCCGUUGGCAUGCCCGGGAUUCUCAUCACUGAUGUCAGCAACUCUAUGGAUCUUAUAGAUUAUUAUAACGUCUCUACUUCAAGAGACUGGACGGGACGCGUGAAGAGUUUUAAGGCAGUUGGAAGCAUCGGAGAUGGAUUGGAACCCGUACUUCAUAAAUCUGCUCCAAUGGUAGCACUAUUUUCUGCUCGAGGCCCGAAUAUAAAAGAUUAUAAGUUUGAAGAUGCGGAUCUUUUGAAACCUGAUAUUCUAGCACCAGGUUCUUUGAUAUGGGCUUCUUGGUCUCCAAACGGAACAGACGAGGCUAAUUACGAAGGAGAAAACUUUGCGAUGAUCUCGGGAACUAGCAUGGCCGCACCACAUAUAGCCGGAAUCGCAGCUCUGAUAAAGCAAAAGCAUCCUCAUUGGAGUCCUGCUGCCAUUAAGUCGGCCUUGAUGACGACCUCAACCACACUUGACCGGGCCGAGAGGCCCAUUUUGGCCCAACAAUACGCAGGUUCUGAAGCAAUGACUUUUGUGCCGGCAACACCUUUCGAUUACGGGAGUGGCCAUGUUAAUCCCCGUGCUGCUCUGGAUCCCGGCCUCGUGUUCGAUGCAGGCUAUGAAGACUAUUUGGGAUUUUUAUGCACAACACCUGGAAUCGACUCUCGUGAAAUAGGAAACUACACGCACCAACCGUGUAACUACACCCUCGGUCAUCCGUACAAUUUAAACUAUCCGUCCAUCACCGUUUCCCAUCUGGUGGGAACUCAAACCAUAACACGGACCGUCACAAACGUUGACGAAGAAGAGAGCUACACCAUCACUGCUAGAAUGGCACCAGCCAUCGCCAUUGAAACAAGCCCUCCUGCUAUGACCAUAGGACCAGGUGCGUCACAGAAGUUCACCGUGACGCUCACGGUUCGAUCAGCCACCGGGAGCUAUAGUUUCGGGGAGGUUGUGUUGAAAGGGAAUAGAGGGCACAAGGUGAGGAUGCCGGUUGUAGCCAUGGGUUAUGACCAUUAGUUUGGGUUUAUUAUAUGAUAUUAUAUUCUUUAUAAAACUGUUGGAAAAAUAAGAGAUGUAAAGAGAAAGUAGUGGUAUGGCAUUGGCCUUGGCAAGAGAGGGUGGUGGUUUCUUUCUUUUGCUAUUAAGUUUUGCUAGUGAGCCGCGGUUGCUUGUGAAGUCCGGGUUCUGCAUGGUGUACAUGCAGCGUAUGCUUCUAAACAAGUACGGGCGAUAGGAAAAGCGCUGCGUCUGGUUCAUUAGUUUUGGUCAUAUGAUGUGAUGGAAUGGAAUGCAUUAUAAGUUUUUGUGUAUGUAAAGAAUGCAAUAUAAGUUUUUUGAGUUGCAGAAGUAGCCCAUGUAUGUUGUGGCUUGUUUAAA